CGCGGCGCGGCGGCCCCGGAAGCGGCGGUGGCGGCGGGAGCGGGAGCGCGGCCGGUGCCAGCGCCCAGGACCGCUGACCCCACCCUUGGUGAGGGCAGGGUGGGGCAGGGCGGGGCUGUUCAGGUGCGCAGGCACCGCCCCGGCGCCCCCUGCUGGUCACAGGUGAGGCAGAGAUGGAGCCAGGGAGGACAGUGGACACGGCGUGCCCGAGCUGUCACCACAGCGGGGAGGAUGAGGAGGAGGAUGUGACAGCAGUGGCAGCCAUGACAUCAUCCGUGUGUCACCCUGCUGGGAAUGAGGAGGAGGAGGACAAGGAGGUGGCAGCAGUGGUGACAGCCACAGCGUCCCUGGGGUGCCACCCCAGUGAGGAGAAGGAGGAGGUGGCAGUGGCCAUGACAUCCCAAGGCAGGCCGUGUGGCAGGGAUGAGGAUGUGGUGACAGCAGUGACAGCAGAAGCAGCCACAACGUCCCAGGGCUGUCAACCCGGUGAGGAGGAGGAGGUGACCACAGCAGGGACAUCCCUGGGGCGUCCCCCACUUGGGGAUGAUGAGGAGGAGGUGACCACAGCGGUGACAGCAGCGGUGACAUCCCUGGGCGUUCAACCCAGUGAGGAGGAGAUGACCAUGGCAGCAACAUCCCCAGCACGUCCUCCUGUAGGGGAUGAAGAGGAGGUGACAGCAGCGGUGACAUCCCUAGGGAGUCACCCCAGCGAGGAGGAGGUGACAGCAGCAGUGACAUCACCAGUGUGUCACCCUGGUGAGGAAGAGGAGGAGGUGACAGCUGCAGUGACAUCACCAGUGUGUCACCCUGGUGAGGAAGAGGAGGAGGUGACAGCUGCAGUGACAUCACCAGUGUGUCACCCUGGUGAGGAAGAGGAGGAGGUGACAGCUGCAGUGACAUCACCAGUGUGUCACCCUGGUGAGGAAGAGGAGGAGGUGACAGCUGCAGUGACAUCACCAGUGUGUCACCCUGGUGAGGAAGAGGAGGAGGUGACGGCGGCGGUGACGGCAGCGGCGGCCACGUCGGCCCCGGGCGGGCGGCGCGGCGCGGAUGAGGACGUGGCGGCCGCGGGCUGGCGAGCGCGGCGCAAACACGUGUUCGUGCUCAGCGAGGCCGGGAAGCCGAUCUACUCCCGGCACGGCAACGAGGAGGCGCUGGCGGCCACCAUGGGUGUCAUGAUGGCCCUCGUGUCCUUCAUCCAGAGCGGCGGCAACGCCAUCCGUGCCAUCUGCUCCGAGGACCGCACGCUGGUGUUCGAGCAGCGGGGCCCGCUGCUGCUGGUGUCGGUGUCCCGCACGCGGCAGUCGGCGGCGCAGCUGCGGCGGGAGCUGGCCUUCGUGCACGAGCAGAUCCUGUCGCUGCUGACCCGCGGGGGCAUCGCCCGCGUCUUCGCUCGACGCCGCGGCUUCGACCUGCGCCGGUUGCUGGCGGGCGCCGAGGCCGUGCUGGACCGGCUGCUCUGCGGGGCCGCGGCCGACGGGCGGCUGCUGCUGGGGGCCGCUCGCUGCCUGCCCCUGCCCGGGGGGCUCCGCCGCGCCGUGUCCGGGGCCCUGCGCCGCGCCGCCGCCGCCGCCCGCCCCGCGCCCGCCCUGGCCGUGCUGGCGGCUCGGGGCCGCCUGGUGACGGCGGCGCGGCAGCGGGCGCUGGCCGAGGGCGGGCGGCUCUGCGCCAGCGACCUCCACCUGCUGCUCAACCUGCUGGGCGGCGGGGCGGGCGCGGGGGCGGGCGAGGUGUGGACCCCCGUGUGCUUGCCCCGUUUCAACCCCGACGGGUAUUUCUACGCGUACGCGGCGCGGCUGGGCGAGGAGGAGGAGGAGGGCGUGACGCUGAUCCUGCUGUCCACCGAGCGAGAGGGAUUCUACGCGGCGGCCGCGUGCCGGCGGCAGCUGGAGGACACGCUGCGGGCGCAGGGCUGGCUGGCCGAGCUGGCGGCGGCCGUGCGGGGGGGAGCGGGGUACGGCCCCUCCCGCCCCGGCGCCCCCGAGCUCCGGCACUUCCUCUACAAACCCUUGGAGGGGCCGGAGGAGAUGCAGCAGCUGCCGCAGUUCACCAGCCCCGAGCUGGAGGAGCCCUACACCAGCGAGGAGGAGCAGCACCGGCUCUUCGACCUGUACCACUACCUGCACAGCCGUGUGCACAGCCCGCACCGACCCCUGCGCCUGCUCUACCACGUGGCUGAGAAGGAAACGCUGCUGGCCUGGGUGACCAGCAAGUUCGAGCUGUACAGCUGCUUCAGCCCGCUGGUGACGAAGGCGGGCGCCAUCGCCGUGCUGACCAAGCUGCUGCGCUGGCUCAAGAAGGAGGAGGACUGGCUGUUCAUCCGCUACCCGGCACCGUUCUGCGCCGCGCCCGCGCGCCCCGACGGGCCCGAGCCCGAGGGCUGACAAUAAACACUGAGACCCC